GCAAAGUAGUGUCAAAACUAUCUCCAUCAUGUCAUACACGCCAAAUGACCGGUACAAUGGCAUCAAGAGAAGUUGUAAUUCCGAUGAUGAAAGUGAUGCAUCAUCAGACUGUAUACAAUUGACUCCCUUGGAGGCAAUAUCACCGUCGACUUCUCGUAGUCCUGGUUCAAAGAGCAAGUACUACUCGCCAACAAAAAAGCGCUAUGUAAACAAAAGACAACCAUUCAAGAAGAGAUUGGAUAUGGACUCACUGUGCCCCAUGGAGGAUAGUGUUUUAAAGGAGGCUUGUGCUGGCAUAGAUGAUAAGAGUAUAUUUCUUUUAAAAGUAAUUAAUAACUAUUUAAGAAAUGAAUCACUAAAGAAUUUGUUAGAUGAGAAAAGUCAAGAGAUAAUUAACAAGUGCUUUAAUGCUGUGAAACCUGGCAUUGUGAUAGUCUGCAGAAUGUAUUGGAGAAAAACAUUAUGGUAUAGGUAUGAUGAUGUUGUAAAAAUUUCCAAAGAGCAUUACAAAAAAUGUGACACACCUACAGUACAAGAAAUGAUACAAUAUUUGGUACAAAAUGGGAUACUCAUUUGUGGAGGUGCUGAUUGGAGUAUUGAUAAUUAUGGAGAAGUUAUAAAAAUGGAUGAAUUGAAAAAAAUAUGUAAAGAUUUAAAAAUUAAGUAUAUCAAUAAAGAAAAAGCAUUACAGUCCUUAAAAAAUCAUAGACCCAUAACAUGUUUCUUCAAAAAGGAGACGAACAGCAAUAAUAAAAACCAGGCGGUAUGCAACAAGUUGAGACAACUAUGUGGUGAUUUCUACAGUUUGUCAAGUUCGGCUCGAACGGCGCUACAUAAGCUAUACGUACUUAUGUAUUUGGGCAUGGAUUAUUCAUGGAUACGCGAAAAUAAGCUGGAGCUUGUGCUCAUAAACGACAAAGCUAAAAUAGAAAUUUAUCCUAUAGAUAAAAAUAUGAAAUUGGAUGACGCUUGCGACGUAUUUAGAACACAACAUGAAUUCGAAAAAUAUUAUAAUGCAUUGGUUUUAUACGACAAUUUUCUUGCACUCAACAAUGAUGAAGAAAAAUACAACAUUGUUUUACAAGUUUAUGACAUGUAUAAGAAUAUUAGUGAGAAUGACAUGGCAUGUUACAUAUCAUAUCCCGAAUGGUUGCGUAAAUAUACGCCGCCGCAUAUUUACAUCAAAAUAUUGGAUUCUGGUAUCCAAACGCUGAAGCGUUUGAAACACAACGAAUCAGCGCUGGAAGUGCUGAAGACGCUUAUAGCACAGGUCGCGUUCCGACAGCAUAAGAAGGCGGAGUGGUACGCAGAACAAGCGCUAAUCUACAAAAAUCUUGGGCAGCAUAACAUGGCAGCAGAAAUUUUAUUGGUUGGGUUUCUGUCGGAUCUGCCAAAAGACACCAAAGAUGUAAUGCGAAACCGCGCUAAGAAUAUAGCCAAUAUGAAAAAAAUUGAAAUUGACAAAGAAUUACGAGCAAAACUAUUAGCCGCGGCCAGCGACGGCCACAUAUUAGAGAACAGCUUUACCGCUGUACACAUAGACGUACAACCUAUGGAAAAUACUGGAAAGGGUAAAAUCAAAUUUUACGUUCGCUCGGAGAAUUCAACUUCAGUCAUGGACGCUGAAGAUUACUGUCUCCGGCACUACAUUCAGAGCGGGCGUUUUACUGACGGUGGUCACUGGGAAGGGAGGUUGGUGACAACAAUAUUCUACCUUCUUUUUUGGGACAUCAUAUACACGAAACCACGUGGUGUCACCGGCAUAUUCCUGUCCCACUUCCAAAAACAUCCUUUAGACAUCUACACUGAUAGUUUUUACACAAAUAGAAAAACUUUAAUCAUGGAUCGAUUGAAAACCAUUGAAAAUUACACAGAAGAAGAACUUCUUAAGGCAUUAGAAGAGAAAUGGAACGAAAGGCCGCAGGAAGAGGUGUCGGAGGUGGCGCGCGCGCCGAGCGGCAUGUCGCUGGCGGCGGUGCGCGGCGCGGGCGCGGCGCUGGGCGCGGCGCGCGCGGCGGCGCUGUGUGCGCGGCUGGCGGCGCGGCCCGGCGCGCACGCGCGGGGCUUCCCCGACCUCACGCUCUGGCACCAACACAACAAACAGAUAAUUUUCGUCGAGGUGAAGACUGAUUCGGACACGCCGUCAGUGAAACAACUGCAGUGGAUGGAUUACUUAAACAAACACGACAUGCACGCAGAGUUCUGUUAUGUGGGAGCCAAAACGACCCGGCAAAAAGCGAGAGCCGGCAAUGAGUAAAGAAAUCAUUGUAUAUAAUAUGGAUGUACACUACGAAAUGCCUUUUACAUAUUAAAAAUACAAUUAAUUUGUUCAAUAUCGUGGAUUUUGCGAUAAUGUGCUGGGAAAAACAAUUAUUCAAACAUACUCUCUUUCUCGAAUAGAACAUAAGAAUAGAAGUAAGAUUUAUUACUAACAACUUCUUUCUUUUAUUAUACCGCCUCGUAGACUAUCGUGCUUUUAUUAUGUGAUAUUGUUUAGUCAAAAAUAUUAUGUACUUAUGCUCAAAUUGAAAUUUUAUUGCAAUCUCUUAGUUAAAAAUAUUACUAUUGAUUUUGUCGAAUGUACGUAGGUAGCUAUUCUAAUCCAAAAAAAUAUAUAAAUUUAUUUCAAAAUCGAUGUUGAAAACCUUUACAUAUUGAUAAAACUAUUUCCGAACUUUUAACUGAUAAUUGAGUUAUGCGUCGGUACUUUCACAUAUAAACCGCUCGAGAAUUUCUUUAAAUAAAAUAUAUAUAAAAAUUAUACCAAAGAUAUUCAGAAUUACAAAUUUUGAAAGAUCGACUUAAAAAACUAAACGGUAUGUACAGUCAGCCACUAAAACCUUUAAAUCAAACUUCAAAUCUUUAAAUCGCCUAUGUUACGUUUCUUUGAACUUUUGUGCGGGUUUGUGUUCAAGUAAAUCCUUAAUACUUUGUUCUUGUGAAGAAAUAAUAAAUGUUGGCAAGAAAACAAAAGCAUACGAGCGAUUUGAAGUUUUGAAUUUCUUCAGCUACUUAUUUGGGUGACUGCACCUUAUAUUUAUAUUGCCAAGUGGCAUUAUACGAUACAUCACACCUGGUUGAAUUUUUUGCAGUUGUUUUGUAAGACAUUCCUAAUAAGCAUAUAAUUUUAUUUAUAAUAUAAAACUUGCAUAAUGGUUUUGAAAAAACAUCAAACAUUAUUUGUAUUUGAAGAAAAUCAUAUUUUGAAUCAUUUGUCUUAUAUUUCUAAAACUAUAAAUUCCACAGAUAUUUAUCGUAGAAAAAAGGUGAGAUAAAACAGUUUCUAGAGUCAAUAUCUAUUUUCAAACUGGAGUCUUGGUAGUAAUGCCAUAAUUUUAGAAAUAAUAUAACCUACUUUUUGCAAUUACGCGAGCCUCGGUUGCCUGGAUAAUUUUGAGCAUUACUGGUGUAAUAUCUUAAUGUUUAUUAUAAUAUUGUGAUUAUUUUUAAAAUACUACAUAAGGAAAUCGUUAUAUAUUUUUGUAAGAGCCUAUGGUGCUAAUAAAUAAUAUCAUAUC